UACAGAUAACCUGUCGCAGUCGUCUCUUGUUGAUUCGCCGAGCUGCAUGCGCUUUUAUCACAAUGUUUGCUCUUGGGUGUGCAUUGUCAACAAACGACAAAGUCACUGCGCUUAGUUGCAACUCUGGCGUUGUGCUCAACGGACGCGAGCGUGGGCGCAAGCAAUAACACACAUACGCAUAGCAAAACAAAAGCGAAUUGACUUAACCACAAACGACCCAUAAAAGCCGCAAUCGAAUCGGACACACCGCAACGCUGGUAACCUGAGCUGUUCAAACAGAUAAAAGGCAUAGACAAGUUGCUGCUCGUUGCUUGAGGUUCGUACACUACUGAGCGGCUGCAAAAUGUUUCGCACCACAGAAAUUGGCAGCGAAGAAACUUUGCCUGCACUUGCGGAGCUGACACAGUCAACGGUAGAAAAUGCUGCUAGCUCGUGUGAGCAGACACAGCUGAAGCCCACACGUAGCUCGUUGCCUAAUUACGGUUAUGCGCCCAUAUCACACAUACGCCUGGAGUACAAAUAUCCCAAUGCUGUGUUUUUUGUGCUAGCCACCAAAUUCUUUGAAGCAUUUGCAGCGAAUGGGAUGCGCACCAUACUGGUGCUCUAUUUACGCAAUGAUCUCAACUUUACGGAAAGCUUCGCCACCAUCGUUUUGCAUAUUUUCAACUUUUUUGGACAAUUCUGUCCCAUUAUUGGUGCCAUCCUAGCUGAUUGCUAUAUAGGCAAUGUGCGCGCCAUUUCUGGAUUUUCUUUUCUUUAUGCCUUCGGUUGGCUGCUGCUGACUAUGACCUCCAUACCCUAUGUCGGCAUGCCUGUAACAGCAUUUUUGCUGGUUUCCAUUUCAUUCAUAGCCGUUGGUAAUGGCGCCGUGCGUGCCUGCAUCACUUCUCUGGGUGCAAUGCAGUUCAAGCUGCCGGAGCAGGCCAUCUACUUGGCCGAGUACUUCUCAUUUUAUUAUUUCGUCUACUAUUUCGGCGUAUUUCUGAGCAAGAUAUUGCCACCGCUGGUGAGAGCGAAUACCCAGUGCUUUGGCAAGAGUGAAUGUUAUCCAGCUGUGUUUGGCACACUUGGCAGCUCCUUUUUAAUUGCAUGGAUUAUCUUUUUGCUUGGUAAAUUCUUUUACAAGUCUGAAAAGCUAAGCGGUGAUAACAUAUUGCUCAAGUCUUUUGGCUGCAUCAAGACGGCGUUGCAACAAAAGUGGCGACGACGUGGUUCUGGCAAAAGCUGCAAAUAUUGGCUACACAAUGCCAUAGGCAUCUAUGAUGAGCAGUUUGUCGACGAUGUGUCCAAAGUGCUGCGUAUCAGUAAGCUGUUUAUACCACUGCCAUUUUACUUUGCGCUGCUGGCCCAGCAGGACUCUAGCUGGACCUUUCAGGCAGCCAUGAUGAACACUACCAUAUUGGGCGUCACUAUACAACCGGAUCAAGCCAAGGCCGCGGGACCCAUCUUUCUGUUUAUGCUUAUACCGCUUUGGCAAUACAUUACUGCGCCGCUCUUGCGUCGCCUAUUCGAUUGGGAGCUGCAGCCGUUGCAUAGCGUUACCAUUGGUGGUAUUUGCUCAGCUGCAUCCUUCAUCUGCGCUGGCGUGCUGCAAGAUCGCUUGAUGCAAGCGCCUAGUCAGAGCAUUAACAUUGCCUGGCAGCUGCCGCAGUUUCUGCUGCUCAUGAUGGGCGAACUGCUGCUGUCCAUACCAGGUCUACAGUUUGCCUUCACCCAAGCACCAUCGAUCAUGAAGUCGGUGGUUACAGCUGCCUGGUUUUUAAACAACGCCUUUGGCAAUCUCAUCGUGGUUAUUGUUACCGAACUGAAUAUAUUUAGCUCACAAAAGGCAGAGUAUUUCUUUUAUGCAGUAGUUAUGCUUGUUUGCAUUAUUGUAUUUGCAUUGUUGGCCUUUGACUAUGCGCUGCAUGAGCGAAAUCAUUCACUCAAGCGCAAGGGAUUUGUGCAUCUGCCCUCAAAACAGGAUGAGCCCAGCACUAGUCGAAGUCUUAGUGUUUAACAGGCCAGACUUUAUCUUAAUUCUAAUUACAAGCAAUUACUAUUUUGUAUCAAUAAAUAUGCUUAACUAA